UCCGCUUACGCAAGUCAGGCCCCAGAGUACGAGAUCGCCACGCACCCUCGCCCGCACGGUGCGUGAUGGCGUCAGGACGUGCGGGCGCCAUCCCGGAAGCGCGAGCGAGGCUGCCAGAUGUGCAGGUGCCGCCGCCACCGAAGCCGGGGCUGAGUACAGCAGAGGAGGAGAAAGAGAUGGACGCCCCGGACUCGGCCUCGAGGGUCUUCUGCAGCCGAAUCCUGAGCAUGGUGAAUGCGGAUGACGUGAACGCCAUCAUCCUGGCCCAGAAGAACAUGCUGGACCGCUUCGAGAAGACCAACGAGAUGCUGCUGAACUUCAACAACCUGUCCAGCGCCCGUCUACAGCAGAUGAGCGAGCGCUUCGUGCACCACACGCGCACGCUGGUGGAGAUGAAGCGGGACCUGGACAGCGUCUUCCGCAGGAUCAGGACGCUGAAAGGGAAGCUGGCCAGGCAGCACCCAGAGGCCUUCAGCCACGUCCCCGAGGCCUUGUUCCUGGAGGAUGAAGACGAAGACCCCAUCCCGCCCAGCGUCACCACCACCAUCGCCACCUCUGAGCAGAGCACAGGCUCGUGCGACACCAGCCCAGACACCGUCUCGCCCUCCCUCAGCCCCGGCUUCGAGGACCUGUCCCAUAUCCGGCCUGGCUCCCCCACUGUCAACGGCCACAGCCCCAUGGACCCGGAGGAGACACCGGGCGAGUAGCCCAUCCCGCGCUCCCUGCGCCCCGGGGUGUGGUCCUGGGUGUUCUCUGAACGGUACCUAAAACGUCCCCAGAGACCAGAGCUAGAUGUCCCCGUCCUGACCAGGACACCCUGGAAGUGGACAGGCAGCAUCACCCUGAGUUCGCCCCGGCCACCCCGUGCCCCGCCGCUAGUUCUGGUUUCCCUCCUCCUCCUCGGACAGCUCGGAACCCUCCGUCCAGCUGCUGGCUUGGGGGGUCUGAGCUGGGCACAGGCUGGAGACACAGCCUGCCACUCGGCCCUGGGCGAUCUGGCCAGGCCUGGGUCUCCCUGCCUGGAAGUGAGGGCCCUGCAGCCCGGCAGGUGUCACCCCUGCCACCGAGGAAAACAGUUUCAUGGCAUAUUUUUGUACCUGAUGUUUACAGAUGCUGCUGGAAAGUUAUGAGUAAAAGACUGUUACUGAGAA